AUGACCGAGACGAAGCUAACUGUCUGGAAGCACAAGGACCGCGGAGACACCGGCGGCGAGCCGGAUGCCUAUAACAAACUGGAGGUCGUCCUGUCUCCCGACUUCAGCCAUCGCCGCAAGUCAUCGCUCGUCAUGGCCAACGACGAAGGGAAGAGACCGAUUGUCGACCCGCCCGACGAGAAAACCGCCUGUUUCGUGCACUCCCUGAUCGCCGGCGAAUGGAUCGAACCUACGAAUAAGGCGAAGGUGGUGCCGGACACCCAACAGCCCCCGCAGGAGGACGCCGUCCUGGUCGACGAAGCGUCAAGAGAAGAUGGUGUGAUCACAGUGGCUGACGUGGGCGAUCCACGCACGAAGCAGACCCAGAUGAUCGUGCAGUCGCGACACCUCACAAAGAAGCAGCUGUCCGAUAUGGCCUGGAAUGUACGCAAGCUGUCGAAGAAGCUGGACAGCAUCAAGCUCAAGCUGUCGGUCAAGAACGUCUUCCUGGUGACCAAAAAGGGCGACGACUUCGUCGUCGGGUAUACGAGGAAGGUGGCGCAGUGGCUACUAUCGGACGAGCGUGAUGCCAAGUAUGUCGUCUAUGUGGAGAAGCGCCUGGAGGACGACCCUGAGUUUGGCGCCGCGCAGCUCCUGGAGGAGGAGCCUGCCGCGAAGGGGCGACUGAAGUACUGGGACAUCGACUUUGUGCAUGGUAAAGCGCAUAUCUUCGACUUUGUCAUCACCCUGGGCGGCGACGGCACCGUGCUGUAUACAAGCUGGCUCUUCCAGCAUGUUGUCCCGCCCGUGCUGUCUUUCUCUCUGGGAUCGCUGGGCUUCCUGACCAAGUUCGACUUUAAUAACUACCAGAAGACGCUGGAGAGUGCGUUCAAGGAAGGCGUCGCCGUGAGUCUGCGGUUGAGGUUCGAGUGCACCAUCAUGCGCAGCAAUCCACUUCCGAAAGGCUCGGCCGGCACCAAGCGAGAUCUGGUGGAAGAGCUGAUUGGGGAGGAGGCGGAGGAUACGCUUACCCAUAAACCGGACAAGGUGGUUCAGAUCCUGAAUGAUGUCGUUCUUGAUCGGGGACCGAAUCCUACUAUGUCUUCGAUUGAAUUGUUCGGAGACGAUGAACAUUUCACGACUCUCCUCGCCGACGGAGUCUGCAUUGCCACGCCUACGGGCUCGACAGCAUACAACUUGGCAGCCGGCGGUUCUCUGUGCCAUCCCGAUAACCCGGUGAUCCUGGUUACUGCCAUCUGCGCGCAUACCCUGUCCUUCCGGCCCAUCAUCCUACCCGAUACGAUCGUUCUACGUAUGGGAGUCCCAUAUGACGCUCGGACGAGCUCGUGGGCCAGUUUUGACGGACGACAGAGGAUUGAAUUGCACCCCGGCGACUACGUGACGGUGUCUGCAUCCCGAUACCCUUUUGCCAACGUCCUUCCCAAGACGCGACGCGGGAAUGACUGGGUGCACAGCAUCUCGAAGACUCUGAACUGGAAUUCUCGGGAGCGGCAGAAGAGCCUGAAGUAG